CAUUGGGAAAACAACAUGGCUGCAACCAUGAAUGAGAAGGCAAUGAGCGACGAAGUUUGGCUCAUAUCUCGUGCUAGAGCUUGCAUGAAACCUACUAAAAGUGACCCAUAUGCAGCAAAAGCAUGGAUGAUAACAGCCAGAUCUUUAUUUCCGAAUAACUUUUCAAUACAGUUUGAAGCAUACUCUUUAGAAAAAGCUGGGAAGAAUGUCAAGGAGGCAGCAAAGUUGUUAGAGGAAAUGUUUGUAUUGUUUCCAAAUGAGCCUCAACUAUGGGAGGAAAUACAAGAAAUUUUGGAAAUUCUUCAGACAGAAAUGUCUGCUAAUAGCCACAAAAACUUUUUAACAGAGAUAUUUGCUGCAGUCUCCACACCAACACAAUGUCAGAUGUUACUAAGUGUUGCCCAGAAAAUCAGCAAUACCCUAGAGCAGUGUAGACUUCUACUCUUGGCCAUGAGAAAGUUUCCAAAUCUUGUCUUUGAGCAUGGACUUAAGCUGUUAGAUACCCUACAACAAGCAGAAUUAGAAGCAAAAAUGAAGUACCCUGUCAACUGUUACAGAAAGCUAUUUGUAUGUGAUGUCCUCCCCCUGGUGCUACAGAAAGUGAAAAACCCUGAGCUACCAGCAGCCCAGAUCUACAGAUGGCUUCAGAUGUCUGUUGAGUUUUAUAUCAUGUUUGUCACUCAGUCACCCAGUUUUAAUACAAGUUCCAGCAAUUCUCCAGAGUUGCUGUCGCCCACAAAGUUAAGUAACAGAGUGAGCAUCCCCGGUCUGUUUGACAAGGAGUGUCAGGUGAGUGACCCCUGGGGCAGCCUCCUGAAGCUCAUCAUCUUACUGGGCCAGCUGAUGGACUGGGAUGUACCCCCAGAUCUGUUCAGUGAACCAAGGGAAAUCCAGUACAAGAACAUCUACAGUAUGUAUAACAGAGCUCGCCAGUCCCGCUCACCUGAGCAGACUCGCCAGGUGUUGUACACCACGGUGGUUUUGUUUCUGGAGUGUCUGUACACCUACGUAAGCAGUGUAGACCCACAGUCCUUCCUGGGCCCCAGUGCCAGCCACACCCCACUGGUCCUCAUGGAAAAAUUUGAAAAUGAAAGUGCAGAUGAAGAGCCUCAAGCAAAAAAAGCCAAAGUACAAACGGAGAGCAGCCCCACAAUAGAAGGAGCGGAGAGUAUCAGUAAUGCCAGCCGAAUCAUCAACAGCUUCACCACAGCAUUUAAAUGUUACGAGUUGAUGCACUCAACAGCAGACCUUCAGACAGAGUUUAUGAAGCUGUGUGAGAUUUGGCACAUGGAGACUUGGACAUGGAUGGGACAUUUCCAGACAGACAUGCUGAUAUAUCAGGGUGCCUUUGCAGAUGCCAUUGCACAUCUACAGAAUUUUUCAUCAACAAUAAAAGAAAAUAUGCAGCUUAGAAGUAACCUACAAAUGGCGUGCUGUUUUUACUGUCUGCAGAAGUAUUCAAAAGCCUGUGAGCUGGUUUUGAAUGUCAUCAAAGACCUGCCAUACACGCAUGAUAGACCACCAACCUCAAAUCUUGCGGAGACAUCUGGAGCUAAGGGGAGACAACUCUGGCUUACCAGGUGCACAGAAUCAGAGAUUCUUCCCUACUGUAUUCAGUUGCUUCUGGCUGCUCUUAAGUCUAAAGCAUUCUCAGCAAAAGGGGAUGACACUUCAUUGGGUCACAUGAUCGUAUUACUACAGUACGACUGGCCAAAGUCGGAGGCACUUUUCUUCGAAGUAUUGAAGAAAAUCAAACAGCAGAACAGCCUUGUAUAUAAUAUGUUCUUCAACUAUGUCAUAAAUGUUGACAUUUUAGAGGAAAUAGCAUUUUUAAAAACACUUGAAGGAGGAAAAGUAAAUCUGGACAUCCUGCCAACCAGCACUAAAGUCAUAGCCCAACAACGAACGGUGACAAGAGGUGUGAACAAAGUGGUGAAGGAGGACUUCAAGCUGACAAUGGUGAAACAAAUGGGGCGUAGUGAAGAACCAGUGGAGAAGUUAAUCAGGACAUUUCUGACAAACGAAAGAAUCAGCAUAUUAAAAGCUUUAGCAUGAGAGACACUA